CAACGCUCAGACGUUGACUUCACGUCAACCAUCGCCAAACCCCCGAGGAAUCAACAACGAUACGAGUAAUUCAGCCUCAAUUUCGACCUGGGACAGGAGAUCAGACUAGUUGUUAUCCAUCCUUGUAUGUCCCCCGAGGAGCCGAUCUCUUGUGAAAUCAUCCACGUCAACCUUCAUGAUGACCCGGAAUAUGCCGCAUUCUCAUACAACUGGGCCACUGAAGAUGGAGACGAUAGCAAAUCGCGGUUGGUCCACUGCCUGGGCGGCACGGGCAUACCGGUCACUGUGAACUGUGAGGCAGGUCUUCGUCAAGUAGGAGAGCGCCGAUUAUGGGAGCCUGGCCUUGGACAAAACCCACAUAUCUUGAUCGAUCUAGAACCAAAUGUCUCAGCAAUGUGAGGUGUUUGCUAACAUGCUUUACGGCACUGGAAGCAUAUAUAAAUUUCAUUUAUCAACUGUGCCUUUUGAUGCAACCUAGGUAGCAUAAGAACUUUGAGGUUUUCCAAACGAAAACAACGGAUCGUCACUAAAAUGGCUACCUCCUACUCUGACGGUUUUGACGCGAUAAUAUUGCAUAUAUCUCUGUAUCC